AUGAUGGGCCCGACCGUGGGCAACGGCGUGGGCGGCAUGGAGAUGGGUAUGGGUAUGGGUAUAGGUAUGCAUCCAAACGGGCCAAAUCAACCUCAGGCGACCGAGUAUACUCUGCAGGGCGUUAUGCGGUUCUUGCAGACCGAAUGGCAUCGACAUGAGCGAGACAGAAACGCCUGGGAAAUCGAGAAACAGGAGAUGCGAGGGAGGAUAGCUCAUCUCGAGGGCCAGGCGCGGAGAGCAGAUGCCACUCAGAAGGCCCUCAAGAAAUACGUCACGAUUCUUGAACGAAAGGUCAAGGACCAGGCGGCACAGCUGAAGGGCACUGCGGCUACGGAAGCUGCUGAGGCGGCAAAGAAUGACCGUGCUGCCAAAAUUCAGGAAAAGCUUCGAACUUCGUCGGAUAAAUACAACGUACCAGGCGUCGAGGGCAUCGAGGUCGAGAAGCCCGAUGAUGAUACGCAAAGAAACGAGCUGAAGACGUUCCUUGAUCAAUGCCAAUCUGAAUUUAUGUACUUGAUGAUUACGCCCGCCAAUCCCCAACCGCCCCGCGACUCACCACCGCUUCCGAUGAUUGAGGACUUGCGCGAAGUUGAACAAUUUGGGAUGCCACCACCCCAACACAUGGAUCGACAGUACCACAUGCAACGACAGAAUGCGAACCACGUCCAGGACUUCAACGUGAUGAAUGCGAGACAGCAGCCUCCCCAGAAUGCUGGGCCUCAAAUGCAGCAGCCCUCUGCCAACUUUGCUCCGAAGCAGGAGCUACAGCCACAGCCGAUGCUUCGAUCUGCCGGCGAUAAUCAGCAGGCCAUGUACGGGACGCCCAGCGAUUGGUCUGCCCCUGUAUCCGUGACGACCCGUCCCGUCGAGGAAAAUAUGCCAGGUCUCAACCACGCUGCCGAGGCGCUGGGUGGUAUUCAGGAUACGACGGAGUCGAGAGACAAGGUUCCGCCAAAUGCUGAUCCCGAUGGCUGGGACUUUCCAGAAGGUACCUUUCCAGAACCUGGGGCUGUUCCACAGAGUGCCCAGUCUGCAACGAACCGUCCCGACACCGACGUGUUUCCCAACGCCGAGUACCUGCCCAAGUCGCCCAACAGAGUGCCAAGCGGUGGACAUCGGAGAAAAGGCUCAAUGUCGAGAAGACGUAGCGGCGAGCAUGAGUUGGGACUGGGAUCUAGCCAAAGGUCGGACAGUGGCAACUUUAAGUUACGCUUUGGACUACGGGGUCAUCUAGAUACCGUCCGCACAGUCAUCUUCUCUGGUGGUGGCAGCCCAGGAGAGCCUGAGAUUUGUACGGCUGGCGACGACGGCAUGAUUAAACGGUUCCACAUUCCCAGGCUCGACCAUCCAGGCUCAUUUGCCGGGGCUGCUUCUGAUUUGGAUGUCAUUGCGAAUUUCACACACCGUGGCCACUCCGGCUCGGUUUUGUGUCUAACGUCGUGGUCGCCUGCUCCCAACUUUUCUACUGGUGGUCGCGCGCAAGGUGAUGGAUGGAUCUUUUCUGGCGGCCAAGAUGCCACUAUUCGUGUGUGGGAGCGUGGGCGAGUCGAUCCCAAGGCAACUCUUGAGGGUCACACGGAUGCCGUGUGGGCUCUGUGCGUCUUGCCCACCACAUUGGGUGCAAUAUUCGGUACAUCAAGUCCCUACGGGAACGCAGACCGCAUACUACUCGUUUCUGGAGCCGCAGACGGAUCGGUCCGUAUCUGGUCAGUGAGCGCUCCACCACAGCUAAGCUCGCCGCAGCCAGGCUCGAAUCGGGGCAUGACUGGCCGCGGUGGCAGAGUCCGCGGCAACUCGAUGAGUUCUGGCAGUGGCUUCUCGAACUCGCCCCAGGCCAGUGUCGCAUCCAACUCCCCAUUCCACUACACACUGGUGCACGUGGUCUUGCGGGGGGAUGGCUCCAAGGGCAGCCCUACGUGCAUCGCGCCGCUGGGGACCUCGGGCGAAACAUUUGUCGUGUCUUACUCGGACGCAGCCGUCAUUGUCUACGAUACCAAAUCUGGCGAGCAGGUUGGGUCGAUGGACAGUAUGGAAACGUACGACGGGUCAGUCAAGACGGGCGUCAACGCCAUUGUGGCCACGACGAUUGGCCUAGACCAAGGCAACCAGCACCAUGGCAGCAGUCUGGGUGGCGAGGAGGAGAAUGCGGCCGGGGGGCCGACGGGCGGGCGGUCUAUGUCGGGCUCCGGCGUGGAGGGCACGAUUAUUUCGGGGCACGAAGAUCGAUUUGUGCGCUUCUUCGAUGCCAACAGCGGUACGUAUACGCUAUGCGGCUUUGCCUUCCGCCAAGAUGCAUGGCAGCUCUACUAA